AUGGGAAAGGACGGUGAGAAAACGGCCAUAUUGAUGGAUGGUAUCUCGCAGUACAUUGGUUACUCAGGGUCCGCUAACGGCUGUCUCUGGAGGCCGACUGAGUGUAAGCUUGGUCUGACUGUGUCCUUCAACCUGAAGCUGAUCACCAUCAAAGAGUCGAUGUAUAUUAUCAGCAGUGGAGCGGAUCAAGUUGAUGGGUAUGGGGUGUCCAUGUACAUCAAGAACAGUCGCUUUUACUGCAGGGUGAGCUCCGAGACACAGGAGUGGACGGUAUACACGUCCUCGUACAGUCUCGACGUCUUCAUCUCCGUCGAGUUCUCCUGGAGCGUGCAGUCGGGUCUGAUGCUGUAUUUUGACGGGGUCGUCGUCGCACAGACAAAAACAUUCAUCUCAAGAUCGGUUACAGUUCGUGCCUAUAACAAGUUUUACAUCGGCAAAUCGAUAUCAUCAGACAUUUUUGCAAACAUUGUCAUUGAAGGAUGGACGGUGAAGAAUGCCAUGAAGGAAACGACAUCAAGUCCUGUGGGCAGCACCACUGAAUCAACAGACUUGACGACAGAAUCAACAACAGGUACAGACGUAAUUGUCAAGGAGUACGUCUUCCUGCAGAUCAUUGGCACCACACUCAUCACCACCAGCUUCAAUUUCACACUAGUGGGAGGAAUCACAGAACUUGUGGUGGGAAAGGACGGAGACAAAACGGCCAUAUUGCUGGAUGGUAUUUCGCAGUACAUCGAUUACUCGGGGUCUACUAACGGCUGUCUCUGGAGGCCGACUGAGUGUAAGUUUGGUCUGACUGUGUCCUUCAACCUGAAGCUGAUCACCAUCAAAGAGUCGAUGUAUGUUAUCAGCAGUGGAGCGGAUCAAGUUGAUGGGUAUGGGGUGUCCAUGUACAUCAAGAACAGUCGCUUUUACUGCAGGGUGAGCUCCAAGACACAGGAGUGGACGGUGUACACGUCCUCGUACAGUCUCGACGUCUUCAUCUCCGUCGAGUUCUCCUGGAGCGUGCAGUCGGGUCUGAUGCUGUAUUUUGACGGGGUCGUCGUCGCACAGACAAAAACAUUCAUCUCAAGAUCGGUUACAGUUCGUGCCUAUAACAAGUUUUACAUCGGCAAAUCGAUAUCAUCAGACAUUUUUGCAAACAUUGUCAUUGAAGGAUGGACGGUGAAGAAUGCCAUGAAGGAAACGACAUCAAGUCCUGUGGGCAGCACCACUGAAUCAACAGACUUGACGACAGAAUCAACAACAGGUACAGACGUAAUUGUCAAGGAGUACAUCUUCCUGCAGAUCAUUGGCACCUCACUCAUCACCACCAGCUUCAAUUUCACACUAGUGGGAGGAAUCACAGAACUCGUAAUGGGAAAGGACGGUGAGAAAACGGCCAUAUUGCUGGAUGGUAUCUCACAGUACAUCGAUUAUUCAGUGUCUGCCAAAGGCUGUCUCUGGAGGCCGACUAACUGUAAGCUAGGUCUGACUGUGUCAUUCAACCUUAAGCUGAUCACCAUCAAGGAGACGCUGUAUGUUUUCAGCAGUGGAGCGGAUCAGGUCGAUGGGUAUGGGGUGUCCAUGUACAUCAAGAACAGUCGCUUUUACUGCAGGGUGAGCUCCGAGACACAGGAGUGGACGGUGUACACGUCCUCGUACAGCCUCGGCGUCUUCAUCUCCGUUGAGUUCUCCUGGAGUGUGCAGUCGGGUCUGACGCUGUAUUUUGACGGGGUCGUCGUCGCACAGACAAAAACAUUCAUCUCAAGAUCGGUUACAGUUCGUGCUUAUAACAAGUUUUAUAUCGGCAAGUCAAUAACAUUGGAUGUUUAUGCAAACAUUGUCAUUGAAGGAUGGACGGUGAAGAAUGCCAUCAAGGAAACAACAUCAAGCCCUGUUAGCAGCACCACUGAAUCAACAGAGUUGACAACAGAAUCAACAACACGUACUUACGUAAUUGUCAAGGAGUACAUCUUCCUGCAGAUCAUUGGCACCACACUCAUCACCACCAGCUUCAAUUUCACACUAGCGGGAGGAAUCACAGAACUCGUGAUGGGAAAGAACGGUGAGAAAACGGCCAUAUUGCUGGAUGGUAUCUCGCAGUACAUCGAUUACUCAGGGUCUGCUAACGGCUGUCUCUGGAGGCCGACUGAGUGUAAGCUAGGUCUGACUGUGUCCUUCAACCUGAAGCUGAUCACCAUCAACGAGUCGAUGUAUGUUUUCAGCAGUGGAGCGGAUCAGGUCGAUGGGUAUGGGGUGUCUAUGUACAUCACGAACAGUCGCUUUUACUGCAGGGUGAGCUCCGAGACACAGGAGUGGACGGUGUACACGUCCUCGUACAGCCUCGACGUCUUCAUCUCCGUCGAGUUCUCCUGGAGCGUGCAGUCGGGUCUGACGCUGUAUUUUGACGGGGUCGUCGUCGCACAGACAAAAACAUUCAUCACAAGAUCGGUUACAGUUCGUGCCUAUAACAAGUUUUAUAUCGGCAAGUCAAUAACAUUGGAUGUUUAUGCAAACAUUGUCAUUGAAGGAUGGACGGUGAAGAAUGCCAUGAAUGAAACGACAUCUGGUACUGUGGGCAGCACUACUGAAUCAACAGAGUCGACGACAGAGUCAACGACAGGUACAGACGUAAUUGUCAAGGAGUACGUCUUCCUGCAGAUCAUUGGCACCACACUCAUCACCACCAGCUUCAAUUUCACACUAGUGGGAGGAAUCACAGAACUCGUGAUGGGAAAGGAUGGUGAGAAAACGGCCAUAUUGCUGGAUGGUAUCUCGCAGUACAUCGAUUACUCAGGGUCUGCUAACGGCUGUCUCUGGAGGCCGACUGAGUGUAAGCUAGGUCUGACUGUGUCCUUCAACCUGAAGCUGAUCACCAUCAAGGAGACGCUGUAUGUUUUCAGCAGUGGAGCGGAUCAGGUCGAUGGGUAUGGGGUGUCUAUGUACAUCACGAACACUAGCUUUUACUGCAGGGUGAGUUCCGAGACACAGGUGUGGACGGUGUACACGUCCUCGUACAGCCUCGACGUCUUCAUCUCCGUCGAGUUCUCCUGGAGCGUGCAGUUGGGUCUGACGCUGUAUUUUGACGGGGUCGUCGUCGCACAGACAAAAACAUUCAUCUCAAGAUCGGUUACAGCUCGUACCUAUAAAAAGUUUUACAUCGGCAAGUCAAUAUCAUCAGACAUUUUUGCAAACAUUGUCAUUGAAGGAUGGACGGUGAAAAAUGCCAUGAAGGAAACGACAUCAAGCCCUGUUGGCAGCACCACUGAAUCAACAGAGUCGACGACAGAGUCAAUGACAGGUACAGACGUAAUUGUCAAGGAGUACAUCUUCCUGCAGAUCAUUGGCACCUCACUCAUCACCACCAGCUUCAAUUUCACACUAGUGGGAGGAAUCACAGAACUCGUAAUGGGAAAGGACGGUGAGAAAACGGCCAUAUUGCUCGAUGGUAUCUCACAGUACAUCGAUUAUUCAGUGUCUGCCAAAGGCUGUCUCUGGAGGCCGACUAAUUGUAAGCUAGGUCUGACUGUGUCAUUCAACCUUAAGCUGAUCACCAUCAAGGAGACGCUGUAUGUUUUCAGCAGUGGAGCGGAUCAGGUCGAUGGGUAUGGGGUGUCCAUGUACAUCAAGAACAGUCGCUUUUACUGCAGGGUGAGCUCCGAGACACAGGAGUGGACGGUGUACACGUCCUCGUACAGCCUCGGCGUCUUCAUCUCCGUUGAGUUCUCCUGGAGUGUGCAGUCGGGUCUGACGCUGUAUUUUGACGGGGUCGUCGUCGCACAGACAAAAACAUUCAUCUCAAGAUCGGUUACAGUUCGUGCCUAUAACAAGUUUUAUAUCGGCAAGUCAAUAACAUUGGAUGUUUAUGCAAACAUUGUCAUUGAAGGAUGGACGGUGAAGAAUGCCAUGAAGGAAACAACAUCAAGCCCUGUUAGCAGCACCACUGAAUCAACAGAGCUGACGACAGAACCAACAACAGGUACAGGCGUAAUUGUCAAGGAGUACAUCUUCCUGCAGAUCAUUGGCACCACACUCAUCACCACCAGCUUCAAUUUCACACUAGUGGGAGGAAUCACAGAACUUGUGAUGGGAAAGGAUGGUGAGAAAACGGCCAUAUUGCUGGAUGGUAUCUCACAGUACAUCGAUUACUCAGGGUCAGCUAAAGGCUGUCUUUGGAGGCCAAUGGAAUGUAAGCUAGGUCUGACUGUGUCCUUCAACCUGAAGCUGAUCACCAUCAAGGAGAUGCUGUAUGUUUUCAGCAGUGGAGCGGAUCAGGUCGAUGGGUUUGGGGUGUCCAUGUACAUAACGAACAGUAGCUUUUACUGCAGGGUGAGCUCCGAGACACAGGAGUGGACGGUGUACACGUCCUCGUACAGCCUCAACGUCUUCAUCUCCGUCGAGUUCUCCUGGAGCGUGCAGUUGGGUCUGACGCUGUAUUUUGACGGGGUCGUCGUCGCACAGACUAAAACAUUCAUUUCAAGAUCGGUUGCAGCUCGUGCAUAUAACAACUUUUAUAUCGGCAGGUCGGUAACGUCGGAUGUUUUUGCAAACAUUGUCAUUGAAGGAUGGACGGUGAAGAAUGCCAUGAAGGAAAUGUUUCUUACGACAUCAACUACUGUGGACAGCACCACUGAAUCAACAGAGUUGACGACAGAAUCAACGACAGAAAGUACCGCCACAACAAACAGUACCCCCACAACAGAAAGUACUGCCACAACAAUCGCCACAGCAGAAAGUACCCCCACAACAGAAAGUACCGCCACAACUGAAAAUACUGCCACAACAGAAAGUACUGCCACAACAGAAAGUACCUCCACAACAGAAAGUACUGCCACAACAGAAAGUACCUCCACAACAGAAAGUACUGCCACAACAGAAAGUACCUCCACAACAGAAAGUACUGCCACAACAGAAAGUACCCCCACAACAAUCGCCACAACAGAAAGUACCAUAGAGAGUACUACAGCUAGCACAUUGGAGACCACUACACAAGCUUGUUCUGGCGGAGCGGAUGAAUUCCCCCAGAUGCCUGCUGCACCGUCACUGACGUACACCGUGGAGACAGACAGGGUGGUGCUAGACUGCUCCAUAUCGCGGGUAGAAAACGAAACAGAUGUGGAGUACAGAGUGACAUGGAUUAUUGACAGCACCGUUAUCCACACUGACACACUUACGACAACAUCCGUGUCAACACUGUUCACUUCAAGUCUAUCCACUGUUCAACGGGAUGAUGCUCUCUCUAAGGGGAUAUACUGCCAGGUUACAGCGAGAUAUCCAAAGAGGUGUGGAAAUAAAGUCAGCCCACCAAAGUCAAGUGACCCGUUGAGUCUGUCACUCCAUGUUCAGAGUCCCUCGUCCCUGGUGAUGUACGAAGGAGAGACUGUUCUCGACGUGGACAUCACUAUGAAGAUCAGCCCGGAGUUCUACUGCAUGUUGAAGUAUGGUCAGCCCUGCUCUGUAUUCUUCGAAGCGUUUGCUAACCCGGACAUGUCGCCGCUCAAGUGUACAAACAACGUGGUAAAGAACCCUGUGGUUGUCCGCUACACGGGCGUGUCGGUGGACGAGGCGAUCUGCGGGGCACACAUGUCGUCCAUGAGCCAGACGCUGCACAUCAACACUGUGUCUGACCGCCAGGUGACUGCCAACAGAACCGUCGACGUCGACAUACAGCAGAGAGACGAAUUGUCAGACAAGACUCAAGUUAAAGUCACACACAAAAUCGUAACGCUGACGAUCGUCAGUCGCGAUGAGAAGAACACAGUCUGCCGGUCGUCGGGAGACCCUCACAUGGUCACAUUUGACGGACUUAAAUACGAAAACAUGUGGACAGGAGAAUAUAUUCUUUACCAACACACUGAAAUGGAUGUUGAGGUUCGUGUGUACACUAAACGGACGGUUAAAGGUUCCAGUAACUGUGGGUUGACUGUGAGGUCGGGCAAUGAUGUGAUCCGCUUCAGCAAGUGUUCAAUGAGAGGCUUAUGGCGUCUCCUAAAUCCACUCAUUCCGGAGCAGUUCUUCAGGGAUGACUUAACUCCAUCAACCAAGAUUUACCAGGAACUCAAUGGACAAAUUUACCACGUACUGUUGCCAACUGGUACCAAAGUGACUGUGAAGAACACCAUUCUAGGUUUUAUCAGUAUUUGGAUUGAGCCAUCAGGAAGGGAUUUUGGAAAAACUAGAGGUCUCUGUGGAGUUUACAAUAAUAAAGUUUCCGAUGACUUGAUGUUGAAAGAUGGAUCUACUGUUAAUAUUACUACAAGUAAUAAGAAAAGAUACCAGCCAAGUGAAUUUAUCAAAUCAUGGAGAGUGUUUGCCAGUGACAGUCAGUACUCGGGAUACAGAGGAACCAGCGACAUCUCGCCUCAAAUCUUUUGUCAGUGUUACACCGAAUCCACGCUGCCCAAGACCUGCAGUUUCUUUGCCGAUAUUGAUCCCUGUUCAAUCGCUGUUUAUGGUGAUGCUGUAGAUAUCACGGACAGAUUGGUAAAGGAUUAUAUCAAGAGUCAGCACCAAGUCGUGGGUCGCACUAAGAGAGAAAUAACUGGUGUAUUCGAGUAUGAUCCAGACUUCAAUCAACUGAAUAAUGCAACAUGGCCUACAGCCAGUGGUUUGACAGAAGCCAAUGCCACAGAGCUGUGCACGACGAAAGUAAGAUCGUCGCUGGGAUAUGAUGCUUGUGCCACUUUUGUUAUCGACAACUUCGCAGAUGAGAUUCACAACUGUGUCACCGACAUCCUGCUAACUGACGACACCGACUGGACCAAGUCUGCUCUUGCCGACUUUCAGAAGCGAUGCUUGUCUGUCGUCGUGCGAAACACAGAAUCGUGGAAUCUCGCACCUAAUUCUACAGGUCCACCGACAUUACCAAUCGUCAUCAAACUGCUGUGUCCUGAGGACUGUAGCGGCCAUGGCACAUGUGGCCAAGGAACAUGUUCCUGUAACGCUGGUUACACUGGCUCUGACUGCUCUCUCCCGUCAUCAACGAAGCCGACCCUGCUGGCUGACGAGAACCUCAUCACGUGUCAGAUGGAUACUCAACUCUGCAACACCACCCUCAUCAAGGGAGACAACUUCUUCAACAGUUCUCGACUAACUUGUCAUUUUCAGUCAAUCCAGGUGUCAGCAAGUGGAUACACGUCUGAAGGCAGACAGGAGACAGUGCCAGCGGUGUAUCGCAGUCUCUAUGAAGUGAUGUGUCCACUGCCCAGAGUUGAGAGUGUUUCCGUUUCUGUCAGUAAUGACGGAAUAUCACAGAGUAGUGAAGAAGCCUUGUUCCUAGCAUAUAACUCUGUUUGUCUGCAGUGUUCCUUCAGUGGCACUCAGCCUUUAUGUCCAAUCAAGGAUUCGUCAUGUCUGAUAGAGGGACAGUGCUACACUGCACACAGCACCAACAUCAACGACGCCUGUCUUGUGUGUGACCCGGCGCAGUCAGCUACGUCGUGGACAACAAGUAAUAAACCUGACUGUAAGGUGGUCGACUACAACACUCCCGUGGCUGUGAUCGUCUACGCCUGUGUGGGCAGCGCUCUGCUACUCGUAGUCUUCUCCGUAGUCGCUUUCAUUGUCAGAAGGAGACACAACAGGAACAAAGCCCGGCGGUGUGAGUAUGAGGAGACGGAGUCUUCCUGUCGGACAACAUAUGAAGGAUCGCUUGGUCUCCGCACUGACAAAGAUUUAACGUGUUACUACCAAACUCACGGAGGUCGGCGAUACAGCGAUGCGACUCUAUAAACACAAAAUAAACCUGAACUGUCGGUGUAACUUUUAUGAACACAAAAUAAACCUGAGCAUCUGUGUGAACACUGAAUAAACCUGAAUUUUCAGUGCAAAUCUAUCAACACAGAAUACAUCUGAACUGUCAUUGCAACGUAACACCACAGCAUAGCCCAAUUAUUCUGAAUUGUUUUAAUAAUGACAUUCAAUCCCACAUUUUAUAUUUGUUUAAUCCCAUAUUUAAGACUGUAAAUGUUUUAUAUAAAGAUAUUAUUAUUAUUAUUAUUAUUAUUAUUAUAUACAACUGUUUUUACAUUGAUGACAUAUCAGCUCUAUUUUUAGCUAACACUGAUAUGCAAGUACAGUUAUAAUACUUUAUCUUUGUAUGUUUAUUACUCCCAAUUUAACAUAUAUUCGUACAACUCUUACAUAUGUAUUCAUGUAGCUCUUACGUAUUGUGUGUUAAAAUUUUCUCAUAUUGUGCAUCAUUUAGAAGAUGUAUUAGCUGGUCAAACUCCUGUUUUAGUAUUUUCGCAAGACACAUACUGUGUUGUUUUAAUGUUUUAUAUAUUAAAAUGUCCACAAAAAUACAAUUUAUUCAUGUUAAAGCUCACAAAUGAAAGAAAAUCUAAUUUUAUCUUGUAAUAUACAAAGCGAUAUUCUAGCAAUCAAAUUUUAAUAAUAGUUUUCUUUUGCUCCUGGAAUUUGAUCAGGUUUGACGUCCAGCAAUGUUAUUUUUGUUAUCAACAUGACAGAUAUGUAUUUUCUUACACACCCGUUGGUGAGAACAUCAUUCGUUAUUUUUUAUAACACAUACUUGUUAACAGUUAACAUUUUAAAGACAUACGACUGGCUGCUCCUAGGUGAUGACCAGGUCACCAUUGCCAUACCAUCCAAUGAAAAAAAAAAGAACGGUCGAAUCAAUCACUCCGUGACGUACAAGUUAACCUGAAAUUGACAUGUCUGUGACGCACAUGUUAACUAUAAGCGAAAGGGCCGUAAAUAGGUUUUCGUUGGAAAAGACAUUUAAAUUAAUUUUAAAAGUGUUUUUUUUCGGGAUAUGUAAGAAAUAAAAUACAACAUUCAUGUCCGUUACAACGGCCACUCAUGUAGUAUUAUAUAUGUAUUGUUGUUAAUCAGAAUAUAGUGUAAGUAUGUUUAUUAUAUUUCCUUAUGAGCCAUUUAUAGUGCAUGCUUGAUAAUCAGUCUAUUAGUGCUUUUUGUUAGUUUUAUAAGUUUUAUGUUUUUUCAAUAAGAAUUUAUUUUUCUUAAAUCUUUAUUUUUUAGCAAUAAAUACUUAUUUUCA